CAACAACAAAAAUGGCAGCGUCCAUGUCGGUUGCUAUCGCCGCAGCCAACGGAGAUUUGAGGGCAAUUGAGAAUUUGAUCAGCCAAGGACGAGAUGUAAAUGAAAGAUCGAAAGAUGGAAUGACUCCACUGGGCAUUGCAGCAUUUUGGGGCUAUGCUGAUAUUGUUGAACUUCUUCUAAAUCAUGGUGCAGAUAUCAAUUUAGCAAACAAGGGAACACUUUGGACUCCAAUUCACUCAGCAGCAUUUCAAGGUCAUGGGAAGGUGAUAAUGAAAUUGAUGGAACAUGAUCCAGAUCUCACUUUAAAGGACAAUCAAGGAAGGACAGCUACAGACUUUGCCUCAGCUAUGGAUGCAAUAUGGCCAUUCUUUGCUGCUAAAGGUUGUAGAAGAACUAUUAAAUCACAGCUUAUUGACAUGGAUAUUGUCAAAAAGGUAACAACUCCAGAUCCUACCAUACCAAAAUCAGAAUAUGCUCACUUCUCUAGGCCAGGUUCAGCUUAUGUGAUGAAACCACAACAAAUGAAUUACUCUGACUCAAGGAUGGCUGUUGCAUCACAAACAGGUGACGUGUUAGCUGGUAUAACAGAAGAAAAUGAACAACAAUAUAUGCCCAUGUUUGGUAGUGUCUGGAACAACUGAUAUCUUAUCAAUCAUGUGAUGAUCUUGUGCAAUCUUCCAUACAUUCCAUCAUUAUAUAACAUGGUAGUGGUAGUCACUGUUGUAAACAGUGCUCUACAUAGAGGAUAUUGAAUGAGUGUAAGUUCAAUACUGAAUUUAUUGAAUGAUUUGAAUAAAGUUAUAUUAUGCGAGCCUCUGGCGAGAAUAAUAUGAUUUUAUUCAAUG